AUGACAGCAAUCUCCAACCCCAGUACAGACAGCAACAGCAACAGCAACAGCACAGUGCUUCCCAACUCCAAUGGCACCGCACAUCUGAACCAACCACCUCAACAACCACAACCACAACCACAUCUCCAAUCCGAGAACUCGAUACGAGACACACCCCAAAACCAAGAACUAAACCAGCAACCCCUCUCCACCGUAAUCGCAUCCCUCCAUACCCGCAUCCACUCCUUCCUCUCCGAAUCCCAUCCCCCCGACUCCCUCCUCACCGCGGUCCAGCGCCAAACCCGCACCUCUCUCGACGUCUUCGCAACAGCUCUCUCCCGUUACCCCCUUUCGCAACUCUCCCUCUCAUAUAACGGCGGGAAAGAUUGUCUCGUGCUCCUAGUUCUCUUUCUCGCGAGUCUGCAUCCGCAUCCGCCUCCUGAAGAAGACGGGCUUGUCUCGAUCCCCGCUAUCUAUGCACUACCGCCGGAUCCUUUCCCGGAUGUGGAGGAGUUUGUGAAGUCUUCGGCGAGGGAAUAUCAUCUUUCGAUUAUCAAAUACACGACUGAUCCGCCGCGGACGACGCUGAGGUCGAGUUUUGAGGAUUAUUUGGCGUUGAAUCCGGCUGUUAAGGCGAUUUUUGUUGGGACUCGUCGUACGGACCCUCAUGGCGCCAAGUUGACGCAUUUCGAUCGUACGGAUAGAGGAUGGCCCGACUUCGUCCGCAUUCAUCCCGUUAUCGAUUGGCACUACGCUGAGAUCUGGUCUUUUAUCCGUCAUCUUGGUUUCGAGUACUGUUCUCUCUAUGAUCAGGGCUACACCAGUCUCGGUGGUACCACAGACACCUACCCCAAUCCUAGAUUAUGUAUCGACAGUCCGGAAGGGGCCACACGCUUCCGGCCUGCCUACGAAUUAACUGAGGACUUGGAGGAACGGUUGGGCCGCAAUUGA